CCGAGCCGCGCGGAGGGCGCCCGGGGGCGGUGGGCGGGGAAAGGGCGGAGACUAAGACCGAGCUCCCGCCCCGCGCCUCCCGCGGUAGUCCUCAAACAGGUCGGCUCCCCGGCAAUAUACCGCAGCUCCGCGGCUCUGGUGGCGUCCGUGUCAGCCUUCAGGUAGUGCUACCAUGUCUGGCAGAGGCAAGGGCGGAAAGGGGCUCGGCAAGGGGGGCGCCAAGCGCCACCGCAAGGUGCUGCGCGACAACAUCCAGGGCAUCACCAAGCCGGCCAUCCGCCGUCUGGCUCGCCGCGGCGGUGUCAAGCGCAUCUCGGGGCUCAUCUACGAGGAGACGCGCGGCGUGCUUAAAGUCUUCCUGGAGAAUGUGAUUCGCGACGCUGUCACCUACACCGAGCACGCCAAGAGGAAGACGGUUACUGCCAUGGACGUGGUGUACGCCCUCAAGCGCCAGGGUCGCACUCUCUACGGCUUCGGCGGCUAGGCUUUAAUCUUAAACAUUACCCUUUUAAAAUACAAAGGCUCUUUUAAGAGCCACCCACAAAUUUCACUACGAGAGCUGUUUAUUACUGAACUUAAGUUUACAUGUGUUUGAUACACCUGUAAUGUUAAAUCACGAGUCAUUAUCCAUUUCAGACUUUAAAACCUGCCACAAAGUAGAACUUUCUAUACUUUGUUAUGAAAGAAAUGCAGUACUGUAAAAUUCUCACUGUAUCAGAAUCGGUCGUUUUCAGUAAAUAUUACUGUUUAAACACAAUGCAGCUUUAUUUUGUAUCUAGAUGAAAUCUUUUUCCCAGUGAAGGCAGUCGCGGUAUUGCCGUAAAUGAAAAGCACAGCGACGGUGUAGAUGCAGCUUCAAACCUGUGACGGUUACAGGAUGGAAGUGACUGUAAUUACGCUGGUAUUUUUCACUCCAAUAGGAAC